AUGGACAAAGGAGAAAAGAGUAGUGUUGAAGCUAAAAACUUUGUAGAGCACCCGAAGAAUUUGCAUGAAGAAGUGAGAAAGCAUAUUAAUAAGAUGAAUAUUAAUUACAAGGCUAAGGAAAAUAAGGAAAGGAGAAAUAAGGAAUUAAAGAUUCAAGAAGAAGUCAUGGUUCAUUUGAGAAAAGAGAGGUUUCCAAUGGGAACAUAUAAUAAGUCGAAUAUGAAGAAAUUAGGGCCACACAAAAUCCUAAAGAAGUGUGAUUUAGGAAAUGCUCAUGAGCUAGAGUUGCCAAGUGGACUUAAAAUUUUAGUUGUCUUUAAUAUUUCAGAUUCGACAAAGUAUCAUGAAGGUGGUAUUGAAGAUGAAAUAGAAAAAACACAGUGGAAUAUUCCAACAACUACUUUAGAGGAGGAGGAGAUAGAAGACAUCUUGGAUAGUCAUGUGGGUGCAAGCAUAAGAAAUAAGCAAUAUGAGGAGUAUUUGGUCAAGUCUAAAGGAAGGCCUAUUGAAGAUUCAUCAAGGUUGUCUAAGGAUGAAGUUAACCAUCUUGGUUUUCCUCGAACACCUAAAAUGUGGCAAGGUCACUUCUCAAACUACCCUAGGUGUCUGAUGCAGAACCAUCUAGCGGUGUAA